UCGCGCAGUACCCGGAUGCUGUAUAUAAGGCUUUGAGCAGGCCGUGAAGCCUUCCUUUCUCCGUGAACAGAGCACACCGUGUGUGUUUCCUGCUUCCUGGCUCACCGCUGUUCGCUUUUUUACUCCUACGAAUAAGUCGGUCAGGAAUACUAAAUUAUGGCAUUCAAAGACACUGGCAAAGCUCCCGUUGAGCCUGAGGUGGCAAUUCACCGCAUCCGGAUCACCCUCACCAGCCGUAAUGUCAAGUCUCUUGAGAAAGUCUGUGCUGAUCUGAUCCGUGGUGCCAAGGAAAAGAGCCUUAAGGUGAAAGGACCUGUGCGCAUGCCCACCAAGACUCUGCGCAUCACCACCCGUAAGACUCCUUGUGGAGAGGGUUCCAAGACCUGGGAUAGGUUUCAGAUGAGGAUCCACAAACGCCUCAUUGACCUUCACAGCCCGUCUGAGAUUGUCAAGCAGAUCACCAGCAUCAGCAUUGAGCCUGGUGUUGAAGUCGAGGUUACCAUCGCAGACGCAUAAGCUGCUUAAGAUCAUCAGCAUGAACAGUACUGAAUUCAUGUCUGCACAAUAAAAAAAAAAAAAAAAAAGUUUGGAUAAAA